AUGCGACGGAGGGUUUCAGGUUUAAAAAACAACAGCUUGAAAGGUUGGUAAAUAAGAAAAUUCGAAUUAUUUUCUCGAUUUAGUUUCGUGGAUGAUCAACCGCUCUAAAAGCUUAAUGUUUUCAUGCUGAACUUCUCUUUCCGUGAGGCUGAAAGAACGACUCCAGUUGAAUUAGUAAGUGUUUUCGACUUUUUUCCUCAAAAAAGCUUCCUUCAGAAAAAAAGCAUCGUCAGGAAGUCCCCGUUACGGCUGAAGGAUGUUUUUUUUCCUCUGACUUUGGUAAGUUUUGGAUUUCAUGUAAAGCACUUCAUCGAUAUAUUUUCGAUCUCACCCGACGGCGUCAUGAUGUUCAUUGCAAAUGGAUAACGAUGCUUUGACCAAAAUACGGAGAACGGGUUCGACGCAAAAUGUCCGCGAAAUUUUCAAGUUUUUUUAUAUUUGUAAACUUUACACGUUCAUCAACUUUAUGAGCCUCAAAAAUAUCUUGAUGCACCCAAAUUAUUGUAUUUUUGUGUCCGUAAAAAUUCAGCUUUAAAAAAAUACAGCUUAUAUUUUUAGCCUCAAAAAAAUAUUACUCGGAUUUGUCAUGCUCGCGAAAUUCGGCUGACGAGUAGAGUUUUCGAAGCAGUUUUUUUCGGACUUGAAAAAUAAGUUUCGUAGUUUGCUUUGAAAAGGGGCUGAUAAAUUUGAAGAACCGUGUUGUAUCACUGCACAACAAAAAUGUAAUGCCUUGAUCAUAAUUGUGAACAAUCAGAAUCUCUUCGCAUUAUUUUUCUUUAUUUUGUGGCCAUUUGAAGUAAAUUGAUAAAUGGCUCAAAGUUUUCUUCACGAGUAAAAAAUUUUUUCUUUUCCAAAUACUUUGUAUAAGAGUCUUCUAUAUAAUUCUCUAUAAACUAAUUUUAAAACUUAAGCCAUUUAUUAUUAAUAGAGCCUUUACCACUUUACGGCCUUAGAUUAUAAAACUUCCUCAAACUUUUUUUUACAACAGAGACUCUAGUAUUGCUCUUUUAUCCUCUGAAUUUCAACCUUUUGCUCGAAGAAUGUGCGAAAAUAACUUCAGAGAAUUUGUUUAACAGCUUAAUGUAUCAAUUAAAAAAAAUUUUGAAAGGAUUUUUAACUUUGUCUCCGAUAUAAAUUGACUGCUCGUCGAUAUCACUUCUUAGAUGCGUUGGAGCUUUAAAAUUUCUCUUCUUUUUUUGGUAUUUUGAAGCAACAAAUAACUCUUUUGCAUAUUAUCGAAAAAUUAAAAAAAUUUUUAAAUUUUAAAAAUUUUUUUGCGUUUACGAGCAGUCAAAUUCAAGUUUCCUUUUAUUUCUUCGGAUUUUUUUGGCUUACAUUUUUUUCUAAGAUGUAAUUUUUUUGGUAAAGUUUUUUUGAUGUUCUGUUAUUAUGAUCUUUUUUUCGAAUCGAAAGAUAUUGUUUUUAAAUUAAGUUGUAAACUUUGCAAGCGUUUCCUUCUUAUAUCUCAUUUUUUUCAAGUUCUCUUCAUGUUUGAUUUUAUAUGUUGAUUUUAUUUCCAUUAAAUGUUGUAUUUUUGAAAAUAAUAAAAGUUGAUAAAAUAUAUUUUUAGUAUAUAAAAAUAACAAUAUUGGAGGAAGGGAAAUGAUUGAAAAAAGGGGGAAUCUGCGCGCUAUAGAUAACCCUGGCGAAUUUCUGGCGCGUUUUUCGCCAGCUCGCCGCGAUAUGGCGCGCCAGCUCGCGAAAGACGGGGCGCGCGCUGGCGAAAGAUUGGCGGAAAGCUGGCGACUGGGGUCAGAGAACCGAUCAGUGUUCAAAACACGAUUAAUCGUGUUCGGAAUCGAUUUUACGAUCGAACACGCGGAAUAGAGGUUGUUGCUGGUUGAAAUCUCAAUUCAUUUAGAUCAGAUACCCAUCAGAAAUCAGAGGGCAAUCAGAAAAAGUUGAAAGAGUGCGUUAAAAUCAACGUAUAUCAAGUUUGAAAAAAAUUGAAUCAGUUAAUAUAGCACGCAGAAAUCAAAAAGAAAUAUAUUAAUACAAAAUAAUAUAAUCCUGUGGUCGAAGUAAUUUCCGUGAAAUUCGAAUUUAUCUUUGACUUUGCAAAAUUGAGUUAUUUUUCACAGUUUGAACGCUAUUUUGAGUUUCGCGGAACCACUUUGAACAACUCGGACAUUGGUAACGCGAAACGGACGUGCUCCGGACGUUUCUGGGCGAUUCUAGGGAUCCAUUAAGAGUUCUGAGGCUACUAAAGUGGUCACUAGAAAUGCCCCGACACGUCCGAUUCGCGUCCCGUUCGCGUUACCAAGGUCUGAGAAGGUAUAAAAAAACAAGAAUAUGAUGAAUUAAAAAAACGAUGGUACGACAAAAUCUCAAGUCCGCAAAUCUCGAGGACCGUAAUCUUGUGUACGCAGAUCUAAAGUCCCAUAAUCUUGAAACCAAAAUCUUGGAGACCAAAAAUCUUGGAAACCACAAUCUUGGAAAGCAAAAAAAUCUUCCUUUUUUUAGUCUUCUUUAUUGCACUUUAUCUACUUAUAUUCUCUCGUUUGGAUCACCGAAUACAAUUUCUGAUAAAAAUCUAUUCGCAAAAAGCGUUGAUUUUUUUACUUUCCAAGAUUGUGGUUUCCAAGAUUUUGGUCUCCAAGAUUUUGGUUUCCAAGAUUAUGGGACUUUAGAUCUGCGUACACAAGAUUACGGUCCUCGAGAUUUGCGGACUUGAGAUUUUGUCGUACCAUCAAAAAAACAUGAAUCAAAUGAAUGUGAAAAAGCGCGCUCCAGUGAUAAAUCUAAUGUCAAUUUACGCGAGGCAAGCUGUACAAAUACCGUAGGCUAUAUUUGGUGUGGGGGCAGCCAGCUGAAGAAAAUGAAAAAUUUUUUUUUUCAAAAAACCCUUGGAACGACCGAAAAGUAUAAGCUGCGGGAAAAACUUUUUUUUAUACAGAUAAAUUUAAAAUGUGCGUGGAAUUAAUUGCUUUCCGUGCACACGACCAAAACGUCAUAUAUUACGUCUUGUUUCAUCUUUUUUGCGUACAAAAGUUUUUUCCAUCUCAAAAUCUCUCGAGACGAGAUAAAUUUCUUUUAAAUGUUUUUCAUUUGGAGAUGAGAUCGCGUCUCUUGCAUCUCUACUCUGGACGUUUCAAAGAAAUUCUAGGGAUCACGGACGACGCUAUUAAGUGGUCACUAGAAGCGUUACCAAUGUCCGAGCCGCUCAGACUUGUACGUUGGCUUCGGCAGCCUGAAUCAGGUCGGUUUAGUGCCCUUUUUUUGCGCAAAAGCCUGCCCGGGCAUGACCAGGGCCAAGCUUCGAAAAAAAAAAAAAUAACAACAUUUUAUCGAAUUCUACACUCAGAAUUAUCCUUCCACCGAAGUUUACACCGAAUUUUGUUCUGCGCUAUUUGGGUUUAGGCUGACUAGUGAGUUGGAUUGAUAUUUGACUUGAAGAAAGUUUGAUAUUUUGGGCCGGUCUGGCUGUUUCUGCUUGAGGCCUCGUUCAGGCCGGGCCGGAGACAAGUCGGCUUUUUCAUGGCAAAAAAAAGUGCAACAAUGGGUGUAAGAGACGAUUGACCUUUGUACACGUUACGCAGAACCGAGUAAACAGAUUAAAUUGGCGUUCAUCUUUCGGUUAGCGUCGAAUGCCAAAUCCUUUGAGUUCACAUUUUUUUUUGUUUCGUGCUUUUGACUUCCUCUCCGUCAUUCGAUUUCACUUUUCCAACAGUAACCAUUUUUUUUGUAUCAAAUUUUAUAGUCCAGUUUGAGAGGUCGACGUAUAGAAUGAAUAAGGGGUCACAUAAUUUUCAAACGUCUCCGAAAAUUGAGAAUAAAAUCAUGAUUUCGACUCGCCUCUUUAAUCUUCUUUCAAAUGUGAUUUCUCGGUUUACUGGUAUUAUUCUGCAGAACUUGGCCCCCGGGAGUCCCGACGCUUCCAACAUGUCGGAUUUCCUGUCUCCGAAAGAGCUUUCAAAUGCGUUUCGACAGGCUUUCGCAGCUCAACUCUACCAGUGGGUUUUUUUUUCGAUUGCACUUUUCCGAAAUAAUUUGCUUCACUAUCAUGAAAACGUGGUUUCGUUAUAAUUACUUUAUCAGCCGAGACAUAGAUGGAACAAUAUCAAUAGUACAUUUGAACAAAAAUCAGCACAGAAAAUUGGGAAAAACAAGAAGAGAACCGUAGAAAUUCAGACACGUGAUUCGACUAUUUAGGAAACUAACAAUUCUCCUUUUUUUCAUUUUUUUUUUUCUUCCAUUUUAGUGUGAAUCAUUAGUUUAGCGAGAGUUUGAGAAUGGUUAAAGGCCAAUUACGUACAUAGGAAACUCCAACAAACUAACAAAGAGAACCUUUUUCUUUUUUAUUCAUUCACCUUAAAUUUUACAGUUCCAAUUCUUUUUUUUUCUGUAUGAAAAUAGUUUAUCGUAACUUUUCUCUCACAGAAAUGAAUACUAACUUAACUAGAGUGGUCCCUGUAGGGGCCCUAGGAGGGCCCUCUAAAGCUUGCAAAAGUGGUCCCUAUUGGGUUUUUAGUUAGCGACCUCUAUAGGGCACAUUCUAGUCAAUAAUUGUCAUGAACUCUGAGCGAAGAAGAAUUUCCAGCGAAAAACUGAAUUAAUAAGCGUUUUUUGAAUGAAAUUGAAAGACCCCUAUAGGGCCCACCUUGAUUUUACCCCUAUAGGAACCACUUUUUCGGCUUCAUUAUAAGUUGUUUUUCCCCCUAACUCCUAUGGGGACCGCUCUAAUUCCCAAGAAGGAUGAAACUUUUGAGAUGAAUUUUCUCAGAUUAUUCAUUAGUAUCUAUGGGAAUCCCCUCCAAUGAUUGGCACUUGACAGGUUUGAUCCACUGUUCUUCAUGUCCAUCUAAGUUGUCGGGUAAAGUAGACAAACGGGCGGAAAAGAAAAGCAAAUCGGCUUCUGCACUAAUCUUCGCGCGUCUUCCCUACUUGCACUGCUUAUUGUUUUUUUUUUCAUGAAUUUCAUUCCUCUCAGUCAGGAAAGAUUUCUCUCAAAACAAAAGGAAGAGUUGAGAAUCGCCGGCGAUGAUAACGCCUUUCGACCCGCUUUCUGGUUCUCUGAAAGAUCUUUCCACUAUUUAUCUGCUUUCCUAUUUGGAUUUCUGAGAAAUUUUAUAUUAAAAAAACCUUUCAUUUUCUUUUUCUCUAUAAAAAAACUUUUUUUGAAAAAUAUUUGAUUUUUUUCAAGGUAUCUAAUAAAAAAAGUUUGCUUUUUUAAAAAAAUAUACAGCGUAUAUUUAUAUAUAUCAUUUUAUAUAUGAUACAUUUCAUUUUUUUCUAUCAUUCUUUCCGAAUUUUUUUCGCCAUUCCGUGAGACAUCACCACAAAAAAAUUACACUUCAAAAAAAUCAAUUAAAUCUAACAGCUGAUCUGUGGAAUCGGCUAGAGGAAAAAGACUGUUUGGAUAAACGGGCUAACACCCCCCUUUUUUUUUAUUCAAAAGAAGGCUUUUAUAAAAAAAUGAGUAGCUAUGUAGGUCAUUGAUUAUUUGAAAGAAUAUGGAUACGAUCUAGAUUUUUAUUGAGUUUUUUCAGAGUGUAGGUUUUUUUUUGAAACCUUUCAGUCAAUUGAAAACUUGCCUUUUUGUUUACUGUUCAAAUUUUUUACCGUCUUUGUCGCAAAAAGAAACUAGAUAAGUUGAACUUUUGAACCCAGGAUUGCGUUUUUUUUUUCAAAAGUUUCGCUGAAUAUAAAAUUUUAAUGGAUAAAAAGUAAUGCAUAGAUUUAGAGGGACAUUUGAAAUUUUUUUUAUUAAGUAGUUUUCCUGAAGAAGUUAACCAGACAAUAGCUUGAGUAGAAAGAAGAUGAAGGAUCUCAACGAUCUGGGAAAAUUUUUAGUGGCCACUAUAGGCUUUUGACGUUCUAGUAGCUACUAUAGUAGUCAAAUUAGUGGCCAUUAGAGGGGUCUAAGUGCUACUACUAGACCACUUAAAUUUUAGUGGCCACUUGAGGGAUCAAUGGAUCAACAUAACUGGUCCAAUCUGUUUGUUUUAAAAUUAUCAGAGUUACUGGAAGCAAUACUGGAUGAAAAACUGCUGAAGUGGCCACUUUAGUGUCCUCUCCAAUUAGUCAAUUAGUCCUUGGCGAGCCUCUAUAGUGGCCACUAAAAUUUUUCCCAGAUUAUCUGUUUUUAUUAGAAGAACUUUUUUGCAGGAUAGCGGCGGAAGGCGUAAUGCCGUCGGCGCACGGGAGACUCUCGAAGCUGUUGUGCUCGUGCUACGACAAGAACGCCGAGGUCGUCGACAUCUACGGCUGCGACGUCUCCAAGCAGAGCCCCGAGCCUCCGCACCCAGAAGAGCCGCUCGUACAGCUUCCCGAAGACGACGUCUGUUUCUCAGUCUUUUUUCUUGUCCUAUCUCUAUCGGAAUCUUUUCAUCGCUUUUUUUGAAACAGCUUUUAUUUCUAGCGCGAGUCAGUUUAUUUUUAACGUCAUCACGUGGUAGAAAAACAGGAAAAAAGCUUGUAAGAUCUUUUUUCGGACUUUUGAGCAAGACUGAAUUUUCAUAGGGAGGUAGGGAAAUAUUUCCUAAUUUUUGGCAGUCAAUAGAAAAAACUUGUAAAAUGAUGGAAUAAGAGUGGUAGGUGAGAAAAGUUGUUGGAAACCGGUUCGGAUCAGGACGCGAUUGAUGAGUGCGACAAAUGUUCAAAUUUGACCUCCUCAUGGCCAAAUGCGCAACAAUUGAAUCUUUUCAGCGCGUCACAGAAACUAAGGUCCGUCUAUAUGUUUUUCUCGGAAAUAAUUCUUUUCUAAUUUCUUUUCGAUGAAAGUUGGUCUGUAAUUUUUAAAAUUUCAAUGGCGCUUUUUCUUAGGAUUUCCAGAGUCCUUAUAGGGGUCAGGGAGGGGGAAAAACCCUUUAAAGGGCCGAAAAAGUGGUACAUAUAGGGUUAAAAUUAAGAUCGUGCCUAUAAAAGUUUAGGGUCUGACCCCUUAGCCCUUAAAGCUCGAGUGGACCCUAUAGGGGUUGGUGAAGUGGUCCCUAGAUGAUACCCUCCCGACGUGUCCCCUAUAGGGACCACUCUGGAGCUCUUAAGUUCUGUUCAAAAACCCUUUCUUGAGGGCCCAAGGCAUGUGCACGGUGAAUCCUUUUUCAAGACUCACAAACUUUUUGAAUAUCCUAAAUGACAGAAAAGUUCAAUUUUAGUUUCUGCGCAGAGAACAAUGCUAACAAUUCCGAAAAUUUUUUAAACUAUCUUGGAAAAAGGCUCGGAGAGGUGAUCUGUCUGCCUUUUUUUUUCCAAAAGUCGAUUUUAAGCCGAAUAUCGCAAGUCAUCUUCUCAUGGGUGCUUAUGCGACUGUUUGCGAUGAAGCAGCGGCUGCCCAGUUUGUACAAAAGAUUCGUUUCCUUCGCUUCCCUGCCUGAGGCGAUUCUCGAGAAGCAAAAAAGAAUCCCCGACGAAACGCCGUUUUAGAUACCUUUCAAAAGCGAGCUUCUUCUUCUUCCAUAUGUAUAUGUGUUAUCUUCAUACUUUCUUCGAACAUUUUGCUUCUUCUUCUUUUUCUUGACUAUGAAGUAAAAAGCCGAAAAAUAACAAACUUGCUUUGAGAAUGAGAUUUUUUUCAUCAAAUUAAUAAGAAAAAAAUUCAGUAGUGGUGAGUUCUGAGCCUGUUAUUGGAGAGUUUUUUUCUGAGUUUUUUUUUAUUUUAAGUAUUCCAGCUAUAACGAGUAUACAAUGAUUCAAUAUAGCCGUAGAGGCAAUGAAAAAUUAGGCUUAUACUUUAUUUCGCCUUGAAUAUUGAGCUUCAUUGGAUAGCUCAAUUUUGAAAGUAAACUGCCAAUGAUCCUGGAUUUUUUUUUUCCGCGGCCUGGGACAUAAAAGAACGGUUUUGGAUAUUGGGAGUACAAGGACGUCGAAGAAGACGGCCCGUGUGAUAAGAAAGCGCAACCUGUUCUCGUCUUUUUCGCUUCCACUCUCAAGCUUUCGGGUCGAACCCUUUUUUGUUGUUAAAACGACCUUUUUUCUGUCGUUUCUUUCUGAUCCGAAGUUUUAAAGUCGGUUGGACGCCUCUAUAGAUUCACUAAUAUUCACGUUUUUCUCUUUGUUCACUUUUUCAUGUGGUUCUGCUCCUUCAACGAAUUCAUGUUGAAUGCUAGAAAGAAACAGUAGAAAAAGAUGAACCGAAAAAGUUUUAUGAGAAAAAGUCAUGAAGAAAACUACUUUUUUUUUUUUUUGAAUUCUGCAGUGUAUUUAGUCACUUCCAACUUCAGAAGAUUAAUCAAAAACCAAGAAAAGAAAUUUAAGUGUACUGUAUAUUUUAAAUCAACUUGAAUAGCGUAUCUUACUUGACCGAGAAAUGAAGUGACCAGUUUUGAACGACGAAAUCUUCCGGUGUGCGCUAGUCCCCAAUAACUGAUGACUUCGUGAACGGGUUAAUCUUAUGAAGUUCGAGAGCGUCAUUCAUUUUUCUUGUCUCGCAAAUACCACGGCGCUCCCCCGUUCAACUCGAAAUUUGCUCUUCCACCCGCUCCGCCUACUUUUCAUCCACUCAACUAUUGAAGCGAGUCGUUUUGGAGAGAUGAACAAUAAAAAAACGGAAAUUUCGAACUCCAUAUGUUCUUCCUGUUUCAAUGUUAAUUGGGAAUUUUUUUUUUGAAAAAAGUAGAACAAGUGACUGGAAAACCUUGAGGCGUCGUUUGUGGAUUGAAGGUGGUCUUUCUUCACUUCACGAUGCCUCAUUUUGUACGUGGCCUUGGAGUUUGAAAAUUAGUGCGUCUCGUGAUUUAUUGACCGCGUUUUUUUUUCUAUUAAGCGUCUUUGCUUUAGUUUCGAAACCUUGAAAAAAAAGGAAAACUAUUUUUAAUUCUUAGGGAAUUAUCCGGAACGAACGAAAAAAGAGGUCUUGUACCUGGUUUCGGAAAUUUCGUCCCUUAAGACAGUUUUUUUGUUCAUCCUUUCUGCGGUCCGAGCUAACCAAACAGCGUUCUUAGCAACCUGCAGCGGGUCUUCUUUCCUUCUGUUUCCAUUCCUUGUUUUCAGUUCUCUCCCAGAUUUAUGUUGUUCUUUUUAUUUUCAGCAGUUUAAAAUCUCCUAUAGCCAUAUAACUUUCUAUUUUGUACCUGGGAACCUCCAAAACACGUCGGCGAGAGUUUUUUUGAGAGAGGAACCCAAAUCCGAUGGAACUUUGCUCAUCGAUUUGUCUGCCAACCGACCAUUAUAAAUCGCUCUCAGUAUGUAGACAGUAUUCAUCCGCUAUUUGAUUUAGUAGUCUAAAUCGUGUUUUUCCAUAACUCAAAAAUAAAAAGCCAUCUUGAUUUUAUUUACUAGAAAAAAUAAGUUAAAAUGAGACGAGGCGAGGAAAUGAGAGACUCCCCGUCGCCGCCCGGUCGGGACAGAGACUGCUCAUUUGAAAAAAGUUGGUCGAAACGGCGGGAAGGCUGUCAGUUGUGGGGCGUCGUGCGAUCUCUCCUUCUGAUGGACGUCUUCCACCUGACAUCUUCAUUUUGCCACCACUUCGGCCUCUGUCCAGUCACACUCCUUCCCAAAGUUGGCGCCUUCGAGGGACGAACGUUCCACUUCCUCUCCAUUUCCUCUUCUGUCACUCCUCAUCUUCAUUUUUCUAUUUUCUUCCUUUCUUUGCUCUCAAUUUCGAAGAGCUGAAUAUUUUUUCUCUUUAUGGGCAUGCUUCACUUUAUUUCUAUUUUUAUACAUAUAAAUUGUAGAUCGAAGUGAACUCGUUGAGUUUCCCAUUGAUCUCUAAAUAUAUUAACAUUAUUAUGGGGUUGUAUCAGCCUUUUUUCUCAAAAAGACUACCUUUCAAAGUUGAUUGCUCGGCAGAAAUGAUUCAUAGAAAUCUUGAUUCGCAACGACAUUUUCACCUUUUUAUUCGCUCAAAACUCAACGAGGGCGUUUUAAAAAUGAGAAGAAAUGGUUUUUUUUGUGUUCGCGCGCCAGUUCUGAGUCAUUUGGGCCCUAAAAAGAUAGGAAUGACGAACUAAUUAGAUUUUUUUUACCUGUGCAGCAACAAAAAAAAUGGUCAGAACUAUAAAUAGAAAGCGAAUAAUUAAAAAAGUUGAGAGGAAAUUAGUUAGUGCCGAAGUUUUAAUAACGACUAUAGCUUUCCAAUAAUUCUCGAACUGAUUCUAGAUGGAGAAGAAUGGAAUAAGUAAGGUAAAGGGAGGCGUUCCGUUCCAAACGCCCCAUCGAGAAUCUCUCUGUCUGUCCUCGUUGUGUUGUUCGAUUCCCAGUUCAGGAAGUAAUCAAUAACUUUUCUGUUCCUUUUGUGAUUGCUUUUUUUUGGUCUUCCGUUCCAAUCGUGUUCAUAGUUAGCUGAAAGCUGUAGAUGUUCAAUCCACGAAAGUUAUGAAUUUUAUUCAUUUUCACAUUCAAAAUUCAUUAUUUGGUGAUUCAAGUGCGGCUAUAAAGUGGAUACCCAGUUAGCGUCUCAAAAGAGCAAACUUUAGAAGAAAUUUUGGCCAGGGUUGGAUCCUGGGGAUUAUACUAUAGGCGCUAGCGUUGAAAAACAGUCGAGACGGAUUACGCACGCUCAGGGACUCAAUUUGGUGUUUUGCCAGGUAACAGCCGCUUUGACGGUACUUUGCCCGGGUUCGCCCAUGAGUAAUUCUAACCAGGGAUUGUUCUCAGCUCACAGUGGGACUUCUGAAUGAGAUUAGACUCACUGUAGUUUUUUACGCUGAUUCUGAAUCCGUGCUCAAAAUAUGCUUUAGAGACAUGUGAAAAAAAAGUUAGGGAACUGUUUACAGUGGGACAGGAUUUAUAUACCCUUCAAAAAGGAGCUCUCCUUUCCUAAUUCUUUUCCAAUUUUUCAAAAUCAGCGAUAUCGAAUUUUUUGCUUUUAAGAGUCCAUAACUUUUCUCACAGGUCUUUAAAGCAUAUUUUGAUCACAGAUUCGGAAUCAGCGUGAAAAACUACAUCUAGUGAGCCUAGUCUCAUUCAGAAGUGCCACUGUGAGUUGAGAGCCAUCCUUGGUAUGAACUUCCCUGCAAUGAAACUUUUCGAACAACACGUCAUUAUUGGAUAAUCUUCCAGAAGUUUUUCAGUUCUCUUGGAAAAAUGAAUCUGUUUGUGUAUGGGAUGAACUUGUUUAUUGACUUUUUGUAUAUAAAAUCUGAAAUUGAAGUUCGUUUGAAACAUCUCUUGUUUCUUUUUUUUACCUAUCGAAAUAAUAUAGAAGACAUUACUUCAGUGUUUUUAAUGCCUGACGUUGUGUUGAAGACCAAAAAAGGUGCCUAAUGAUGAAAUUUUGCAGAAAAUGUUGGCCGCGGUCAACCUUUACGAUUCCUCUUCGGCGUCUCCCCGGAGAACAAACAAUCACAGGACGAUCAUAGAAGACGUGACGGAUGAUCCGCAGGUACUCCAAGAACAGAAUCGGCUCAUCAACCGGGCUUUUGAAGUACUCGUCGUACGGGAACGAGAACGAGGAGCCGCAGGAAGGCGCCCUUGUCGAGUACAAUCGGCUGGACAAGACCUCGGCGGCCCCUCAGGUCUGCGAGGCGACCGUCGCCGUCAACCGCAGCGUUCAGCAGCGCAUCCGGCCUUUCCACAAAGUUAGUUUCAUGAACUUCUUCGAAACGGACCCUUGAAAAUUAAAGCUGCGGUCGGGGGUUCCUGUAAUCAAUGCGCUGGAUUUUCCGGUCGAGGAGUAGUUGAAACUAGGAGAAUCUUUUUCCAUUUGACUUUUUUUUAAGAAUUUUUUUAAAAAAACAUAUUCAAAAGAGUAAUGAGAUGGAGGGGUCAAAAAAACUCUUGGAAAGUUGUAAAUAAAAACUUGGUAUUCGAAUUUUAAAAAAAAUGUUUCUGUAAUGAAAUAGAUCGAUGACUCAAUGCGAGAAAAACAUAUCGACUCCAGAGCCUUUGUCUUGACAUAGCUCCAGCUUAUAAUUAGAUUCCAUUUUGAGCAUCCGCAUUUUUUUCCUUAUGAGAAAACCCAAAUUUUCGUCUUCCUGCUCAUUCCGGCCCCAUAAUCAUGAACGACGGAAAGAAGUCUGAGCCUCGGAAAAAGUUCAAUAAGGUACCUUUUUUUGUGUUUUUCAAUGCUUUUGAUGUUCAUAGUCUUUUCAAAACACGUUUAUAUCAAGAAACAUUAAAGUUUUGUAUAGCCUGUGUACCACGACUUGGAACUUCACGGAACGACAUUCCGCUGUGCCGCUGCGCGCCUUUGCGAACCUUGGUCGCGCUUUUAAUUUUUUUUCUUACAUUAAGGUACUCUACUUUCCUGAGCUCCCACAGCAAUAAAAAUCAAUUGAAAGUGUGACCUAGAAUCGUAAGACGUUUUGCGAACACACCCAGCGGAACAGCGGAAUGUCGUUCCGUGAAAUUUCAAAUCGUGGCACACAGACUAUAUGACGAAGAAUAAAAAAUCAAAAUUUUCCGUUCUGAAAAGAACGCAAGAGGUCGUCUAGUAGAGUUCUUUACGCGGUGAAGUGUUUUUUUUUCUUCCACAUGAAAAUUUAAAAAACAAACAGGCGGCUCGGGGAUAUUAGUGGAGGAAGAAACAAUAGGCACCUCUCUGGAGUGCACUUACACGCCUCGGAAGGGACGAGCCGCGUUCUGUGAAUGCAAUCAUUUCGACGGCAUCUGCGUGUGUUGUUGCAGCUCGUUUCCCCCAACUUUAUCUUCUCACUUGUUCUCUUCGAAGGCAAAAGACGACUCUCCAUCCUUUGAUCUCCCUCGUUUCCGCCUCCAUGGUAGUCCAUUCCAACAGUACUCGGCGAACUGUUCCCAUUUAGGUAGGAGAGCCGCGGUGCUCGCCCCCGCUGAGCCCAUAGAUUUGAAAAAAAUCGAUAAUUUGCUUCUUCUACGUAACCUGUUCUGUUGGAAUUUGUUUUUCUUCAGUUUCACAAGAUCAGUCAAAGCGCGUAGACACGUGCCGAGCGGUUUAGAAAAAUCAGUCAAUUUUUAAAUUUUUUUUUCAUCUCACAAGUUUUAUUUAGCUUUUACUGUUUUGUCUAGUCUUCACAGUCGCAACCUGCGAAGUUUUUUUGUUGAAAACUUUAAUUUUUACGGAACGACAUUCCGUUUUGCCGCUGCGCGUCUUUGCGAACCUUGGUCGCGCUUUUAAUUUUUUAUUUAUUGAGGUUCUCUACUUUCAUAUGCUCCCACAGCAAUAACAAUGAAUUGAAAGCGUGACCUAGAUUCGAAAGACGCUUCGCGAACGCACGCAGCGGAACAGCGGAAUAUCGUUCCGUGAAAUUUCAAGUCGUGGCACAAAGACUAUAUAUAUAUAUAUAUAUAGAUCGUUUUUCGGAAUCGGCAAUACUAAAUAUCCUUACUCGAAGCUAACAGGGAGGUAAUUUUACUUUGCAGUUGUGAAUUUCCUGAAAAUCGGCCAGAACACUUCUUGAUGUACCAGAUGUAAUUCCUGAAAGUCUAAACCUGCACAAAUUUCUAGUUUUCGAGAAAGGGCCCCAAGUCUCAAAAUAGACUAUUUUAUGAGUUUCCCUUGACUUUGAGGCGUCUUUUCCCAGAAACGAGGAAGUUGUUCAGGUUGAACAUUCUAGAAUAUCCUUCUGGUACAUCAAGGAGUUUUCUAGCCAUGACCUCCCUCAUGAGUCAAAAAUUUGGCGAAUUUCAGACUUUUUCAAAGGCCGCCAUUACCUCACCCCCACGUUAAAGUCAGUAAUACCUUCCUCAGGUUAAAAUUUGACUUAAUUUUUUUGUUUGGAUUUUUUCGUAAAACCCAAAAUCAUUAAUUUGUUUUCCUUGCCCACGUACAGCUGAUUCACGGCUGGCUUGAGCCAUCGAAAAAUGGGUCCUGACACGAUAAAAGAAGAGAUAGUACCUGGUUGGCGUAGAGCGCAGACAGGCCACGCCUCCUUAGCGUUCUAAGUUAGCCGUUAAUCGGCUAUAUGCAAACCAGGUUUCACAAAAAACAUUGGUGUCUAGAAAAUGACGUAUUACUUUUCACGUGAAGUACAUUCAGUAUGUAUAGAAAAAUUCCAAAAAAAUUUAAUUUAUUUUUCACCUUUUUUUGCAAUUACCGAAAAAUAAUGGAAACAACAAAAAAAGUGCGCCCCAAACUAUAAGUCGAAACGAUGCAGCUUAUCGUCUUUUUGAACUAAGAAAAAAAUCUUUAAACUUUUUUUUUAUUUUUGCCUUCAUUUUUGAAAGCCGUUCUGAACGAAGGAAAGUCCGAAAUGGAGAGCUCAUGAGACGACUAUAUAUUUUCUUCUUUGUGGAUUUCGACGAACAAACGAAACGCGUGGGAACACAAAAUUGGUUUCUAUUCAUCUCGAGCGCUUCCAAAUAUUCCGGGGCUAUCUUUCAAUUUUCUUUUCGACUUCCUCUCUCUGCUCUAAUUUUUUUUUCCCUCAAAAACGCAGUUAUACGUCAAUUUGAAGUUCAAUGAGCUGGUUAUAGAUAUGGUAUUUAAUCAAAUGAAAGAACUUGGAGCUUUUGAGAGAUACCCAUAUUAUCUGUCUGGAAUUGAAACUCUUCAUUGAGAUCAACUUUUCCAGUUUUCAUUUGUUUCUAAGGCCCUUUUUUGAGAGUAUUUGGGAAGUUAUUUUUCCAUAAAAAUUAGAUAUUCUCGAUUUUGUUCGUUCUAAAUGAAAUUCUGCAUUUUUUGAUAUUAUGUUAAGUUAUUACAUAGACAAAGUCGGAAAGGGUGGAAAAAGCUCCAUAGAAAUGUUCCUUUUAGGACAAAGACUCCCUUUUUGGUGCCAUUCUGCGGCCUUUUUUGAGCCUCUCUCUCUCUUAGCGGCCAUUAUUUACCAUUCCGACUUUGUCCGAGUAUUUUUUCAAGCUUCUUUUCGAAAUUUUUAUCGUUAUGCUUCUUCUGAAAGGAGAAUGUGAUCUCUUUUUUACGGAUAAAGGGAUCUGAAGUUUGGGAUGACCCUAAAUCAUGAAGAACAUGAUUUUUGCGCCAAACAGUCUUCCAGCGUAAUUUUAUUUAUAAGGUCAGUGGAUAAUAUAGUGCAAAGUUUGAGGUUUGUUGAUAAAAGUCGGUUCCCACUUAGUUUUGAGAUAUUUAAUAGAUCUUUCUGAAGUUAAUAGUGUUCAGUAUUAGUCUUGAUUUGAACCAUAUGGAAAAAAUGCCAGAAAUUAAGGUUCAAUCAGGAUUUUUCGCGUUCCUGCCCAAAUUACAUGUUGUUUUCCCCUGUGGCGAAAAAGAAUAAUGGGAAUUGGCAAAAGCGACCAAACGGAGGCUUUCGAAUUUCAUUCUGUUUACAAUCUACUCGGGCUCCCUCAAAAGGACGAGCUUUUGCUAGAAAUUGUUUGUCAAGUUAGUUAGCUCUUGAAAAAUUUUCUGUGUAUUUAUUGAUAAGUUCUACAAAAACUUGAGAAGCUCUUUUUUUUAAAGUUGAAAAAAAUAGACGCUUCAUUGUGUACUGCACACGCUCUCAGUCUUAUUCGGAAAAAAAAGCUUGAGAAGCUAACCAAAAUCGAAUUUUACCGCAGGUGGCCAACCCACUGGUAACUUCCGUCUAUUCAAAAACAAUAUUGUUUUUGUGUUACGAAAUUUCCCCUAGGCUUUCCGGCUCUGACCAAGUUUUUUCUACACUUCCAUCGAAGUUUUUUAAUAUCUAUAAACUACCAAAUAGAAGAGGCCACAUCCAACAGUGUCGAAUCUUUAUAUUCCUAAACCGCUCUCGAAAGUAGAGCCAAAAUGGCUGUGAAAGGCUUUUUCCGACAAACGGCUCCGAUUCGUGACGAAAAAGUGAUGUUCAUGUCAUCGAAAAAAACAGUUUGUGAGAAUGAAACAUACGUGGGCUGCCACCACUUUUAUCACUUCCCCACCCCCGAGCUCGCUAGACGACUUUGGAAAUCGUUUCAAAGUUGUCCAGCGAUUUUUUCAAUUUUUUUAAAUGCUGUCCAACUUUUUCGAUAAACCUGUUUGAAUAUAUGUCUUAUCCUAGACCUGAAAGGUCGAAUAUACUAAAAAACAGUUGCAGUCUUGAAAUAGGAGAAAUUAAACGCAUUUUUUCUCUUUUAGUUUCGAAAGGCGGUUUUUUUUUAAAUUUUAUUCGUUGUCAACUUGAUGGAUUUUGAAGCCAAAAAUCAAAUUUUAGUUUAAUUUCCUUCUAAUUUUGCGAAAAGUCUUUUCUAAACCUUUGAAAAUAUUCAAGGAUCAGAUUCUAUCAUUAAUUAAGAGAUUGAAAGCAGAUUGAAAAUCAAAAAACUCAUUUUAAACGGAUCAAGAAGGUGCUCCGAACGUUUAAGAUCAUUUUCUAAUUUUUUUUUAAUUCCAAAAUGUUCCAAAUUUCCUAGAGUCUCCCAUAUUUUUAUUCGUUUGGAAAAGCGAAUAAAGAUCAUGUGAAUUUACACGAGGAAGAGGUUAAAACAUGAAAAGUAGCCGUAAGAAAGAGGGAAAUGAACUCAGGCGUAAACUUCGACGUGUCUGUUUUUGGCCCCAAAAUGUUUUCAAAGUUGGGCCUCUGAAUUCACACCCGUGAGCACUCAACCAGCUUUGAAACUGGCUCUAGAAAUUUUUUUUUCUUUGAUUUGGUCAGUAGCAAACCCUGUGAUUGCAACUUCUUCUAGGUAACUUUAUAUUUCUUCGUGCCUUUUUUCACAUUUUUACAGGCGGAUUACACUUAGUCUGUGAAUCAUAUGCAAUCGAAGAAGAAGUAAUAUUUUAAUAGAACCUUAAUAGAGCAUUCUUUGAUUACCUUGACCAGUUUGUGAGGCGAGAAAUGUUUUACCUGGAAAUAUACGAACUAUUCAGAUGACGUCUGCAUCGCGGGAGCUGAAGAUGAUCGACAUGGAGCUGGACGACGUCCUCGAAGGCGCGCCUUGUCACGACCCGCACGCCAACUGCCGUGGAUGGAGGCAACAUCCUUGGAGGUAUGUUUAUUUUUUCCAGAAAGUCCUGUUUUUGCGUUCUUCCGAUCUGUAUAAAAGGCGAAAAAGGGAAGUGUAAGUAAAUAAAAUCGAAUAAAUAGUUAUUAUUUAUUCGUUCGGUCUCUAGUCUGCUUUGAGAAGCUGUAGCGUGAAAUUUCCACGCAAAAAUUCGUUUUUUCUCUUCUGAAAUUUUGAGUUUUGAGUCUUUUGAAGUUUCCGAUAACCUCUCUUCCUUGCAUUGAAAGUUAUUUUUGAGGUUCUGCUUCGUAUCUAAACUCUGAAUGAACUUUAGAGUAACUUGAAUUUGAAGGAUCUCCCUCUAUUGUAGCAAAAAAGAUGGCUGUAUUUCUUUUUUUUACUCUACCCAUACCAUAUUUCUCAUUUCUACCUCCCUAGGGGUCGUUCUUUUCCUUUCUCGCCUGAUAUUCAAUCUCAUGCCCGUUGGACGUCGUACUGUUCCUACAUGAAGAAGUAGUUGAUCGUCGGAACGCUCAAAGUCUUUUGAAAGAAGGAAAAGAUGUUCUAGCCAUUCUUAUUCAAACGAUUAUGCAAACCGACGAUCAACUCUUCAUUUAUCCCAUGAUCUAGCAAAAAAUCUUCUCUUAGGACUGAAUAAACUGGUCAUACCGUAUUAAUCAUACUGAACGGAAUAGCUAUAGUUAAAACAUGAUAUGACCUAUUUUAGUGAUCAGAGUACUGUACGAUCGGAAAGGUUGCUCUUCUGAUAAAUUUUCUAUUUUUUGAAAUCCUUCUUGAUCCUCAUGUCUCAUUGAUCACAUAGUUAUAUUUUCUCGUUUCAAAUGAUGCUUUUGUCGCUGUUAAGUCACUCAUUCACAACAUGAAGAUGUGCUGAAAGAGAGAAGAAGACGUUGGAGACAAGAUGAAGACGUGUUGAGAAGUGAUGGAGAAGACGUGCGGUCAUCUCUGCCAGGGGUUGUCACACAAGAAGCCGGAAGCGAAAUGUAUGGAGAGGUCGUCAUCAGUGGCCAGGGGAACUCUCAGAAGACGUCGUCCACCGGACGGCUCAUCGGUCGAAUCGCUGCACGAGAGUCACGCAAUUGUCGGCUCGCGUGUCCCUCUGCCUAGAUAUCAACGAAGCCAGAAAGACAAGCCGACUUCCGAAUUUGAUGCUUCUCGCCGCGUUUUCGGCCCGGCGCUCAUUGAAAUUUUCUCCAAUAUCAACAAUUUUUCACGCUCCACCAAGCUUCUGUUUUCCUUUUUUCUGGCUCUUCUUUAACUUGGAGCUUUCUUUUUUCUUUCCCUAUUACUUCGUGAAAAUUUGAUUGUUGUUGGUUUUUGAACUGGUUUACAUCUUUUUGGCCAGCAUUUUUCAAGUUUUUUUUUCUAGGUAUCAGUCAAAAAUAUAAUUUUUCAAACUUCUUUUUCGCGACCGUUUCCUAUCCACGGCAGCCUCGUAGUUUUUCCAAUCUUUUGUUUUUGAGCGGCGUCUGGAAAGAAUCGAAUUGCGGAGCCUGGCGCUUUAAAUGUUCCCUCAAAUCCGUGACUUCCGCUCUCAUGGCACGUUAGACUUGAAUUUUCCUUUUCAGAGGUUUAUUAGUCGACAAUCCCUUCUGGACUGCAACCGUUAGUUGAUUUAGUUUUUUGAAAAGUCAGUUGAAACAUUUGAGUUUCCAAUCUUCUUUUUGUGGCUGUUGUAUUUAAAAAAAAAACGAAAAACGGGACAUGGUCAAGCGGGAACUAGAGAAUAUCAAAAUAUAGUUAAGCUGAUGAUCAAUUUGGGAGUCGGAAGUACCUCGGUACUUGAAACGUGCUGGACGGCACAAAUGCUCGUCUCCUGAGACCUCGAGGCCAUGUUUCCUUCGUCAUCCUUUAGUUCCCCACGCCUUCUCCUCUUAUUUGUGUUAGCCGCCGUCAAUCGCCUAUCUCAAUCUCGUCUCUUCUAUGUUGCGGACUUCUCGUCCUUCUUCUGAGCUUUGACAACGGUUCUCUCACAUCUUCUCUUUCAUGUUUCCAAAUGACACCCAUUACCCGAUCAGUUGUUGUAAGAGCCGUCCAGACUCCCUUAAUAGCCGAUUCGCAGAACAAGAUUUAGAUGAUGACCAUUCCAUAGCACAAGCCGAAAUAAUCAUGUGCACAUUUUCAUUCGUUUCUUGUUUUGAAUUUUGAAGAUUCCAUAAUCUCCGCUGGGAAGUUAUGUAAAUGCAGUGCAUUCAUCGACUAAAAAGUGUGUUGCGUUUUUUCUUCUUCUUCUCGAACUCCAUUUCUUAAAUUUAACAGUGUAAUUUGUUUUUGACGUGUUUUAUUAUAAGUUUCAAGAAGAAUAGAAAUCGGUUCUCUUUUUUUAAAACAAUCUCUGUGAAAUUUUCCCAGACGUUCAAAUGUUUUGAGAGUUUCGAAAGCAACAUUCUUUUCGCAAGUAUGUUUGAGAAAUGGGCUAAAAGUGAUUCAUAUUUGGAGUCUCUAGACAUGCGGCCGAUCAUCACCAAGCUCCCAGGGGCCUCGGCCUCAGCUCUCGCUGUAACAAUCGCAUUUCGAAAACUCACAUGCUGAAGGAAGCAAAAGACGCAGCUGAUCGCAAAUCGAUCGAUACUUGA